GUGUGUGUGUGUGUGUGUGUGUGUGUGUGUGUGUUGGUGUGUAUACGUGUGUGUUAACUUUAGUUAUUUUUACUCGAUUCACACCUAUUGCUCAUUGUGUGUUGUUCUAUUGUACUCUAAUGUCACUCAAAUUUUUUUGUAGACUUGGUGGAGGUGACCGUGGUGCAUCUGAGAUUAUGGAUCAUGCCUUCUAUAGCAGCAUCAACUGGCAAGACAUUUACGAUCGCAAGGUUCCUCCUCCGUUUAUACCGAACGUGUCUGAGCAAGAAAUCGGUGACAAAUACAUUCCGGCCGAGUUCAAGUCGGAUACAGUAGCAAAUACACCAUCAGACCGUGCAGGUGCUCUGCAUGAUGAGGAAGGAGAGCCAUUUGAGCAGUUUACGUUUGUGGGUGACAAAGGCAAUCUGCACACAUGAUUUCGUUUGUAGGAUUUUUGUGUGAUAUCGUACAUUUCAAGUUGAUCGUGAUUGGAUAGGAGGAAUGAACUGUUCUAGGCUCAUGUUUUUAUUAUUCUUGUAUUGUCGUCUAUUAGCAGUGU